AUGUCUCGGGAACCCACCCCACCUCUCCCUGGAGAUAUGUCUACUGGUCCUAUAGCAGAAAGCUGGUGUUAUACACAGGUUAAAGUAGUAAAAUUUUCCUACAUGUGGACCAUUAAUAACUUCAGUUUUUGUCGAGAAGAAAUGGGUGAAGUGUUAAAAAGUUCAACAUUCUCAUCUAGCCCGAGUGACAAAAUGAAAUGGUGCCUGAGGGUAAAUCCAAAGGGAUUAGAUGAUGAAAGUAAAGACUACUUGUCCUUAUAUUUGCUUUUAGUAAGCUGCCCAAAAAGUGAAGUUCGAGCAAAAUUCAAAUUUUCCCUUCUGAACGCUAAAAGGGAAGAAACAAAAGCAAUGGAAAGCCAAAGAGCAUAUCGAUUUGUACAAGGGAAGGACUGGGGUUUUAAAAAAUUCAUUCGAAGGGAUUUUUUACUUGAUGAAACUAAUGGUCUUUUACCAGAUGACAAGCUUACAUUAUUUUGUGAGGUGAGUGUGGUCCAAGAUUCAGUAAAUAUAUCAGGGCAUACUAAUACCAAUACUUUGAAGGUGCCUGAAUGUCGACUAGCAGAAGAUUUAGGUAAUCUCUGGGAAAACACAAGAUUUACAGAUUGCAGUUUUUUUGUGAGAGGACAAGAAUUUAAAGCUCAUAAAUCUGUACUUGCAGCUCGAUCCCCAGUUUUUAAUGCAAUGUUUGAACACGAAAUGGAAGAAAGCAAAAAGAAUCGAGUGGAAAUAAACGAUGUAGACCCUGAGGUUUUUAAAGAAAUGAUGAGAUUCAUUUACACAGGGAAAGCACCAAACCUUGACAAAAUGGCUGACAACUUGUUGGCAGCUGCAGACAAAUAUGCACUGGAACGGCUGAAGGUCAUGUGUGAAGAAGCUUUGUGUAGUAACCUCUCAGUAGAAAAUGUUGCUGAUACCCUUGUCCUUGCAGAUUUGCACAGUGCAGAACAGUUGAAAGCACAAGCCAUAGACUUCAUUAAUAGGUGCAGUGUACUUCGACAGCUUGGGUGUAAAGAUGGGAAAAACUGGAACAGCAACCAAGCAACAGACAUAAUGGAAACAUCAGGGUGGAAGUCCAUGAUUCAGUCUCACCCUCAUUUAGUAGCAGAAGCGUUCCGAGCACUAGCUUCUGCACAGUGUCCACAGUUUGGCAUUCCACGCAAACGGCUAAAACAGUCCUGAAAUCUUCCAUGAACUGUAGAAAAAUGGAAUUGACUUUUAUUCCUCCAGGUCCAGAAGGAUUCUAAUAGACAAACCAUAAGCAAGAGUUGUUUCUGUUGUCUUGUCCACAGAACAGAAGCUGAAAACAUAUUGCUUGUAUUUCAGGUGGAUAAUUUAUGGUUUAUUCUUCAGCUUUAAAUUAUACUGACUAUACUCUAAUUCACUUCAAGGCCUUAAAUUAUCUCCAAUGACUUCUCUUGUUCAUAUAAUACUUUAAUUUUUUUAUUGUGCCUUGUCAUUUUGACCAAGGCUAUGCAGGAUUGCACUAGCUCCAUAAUGCAGUAAUACUGAUAACUGAAGAUAUUAAGUUUCAAAAGGAUCUUCCAUUAGCUUGAGAACAGCAAAAUUUCAUAGGGUUUGUGCUACGCGAUCUCGAAGUUUAAAACUAAGUUUCCUUAAAAGCACUUGUAUUGGAGAUAUUUGGUAAUGUCCCCAGUCUAAGUUCUAUAUAGAGGAGAACCCACUUACCUUCAAGGUAAAUUAUGGCAAUACACUGCUUCAAUUCCAAUUUAUUUUUUAUUUCAGGGGGCAAAUAUGCAAUGAGUUGGCCCAAAUUUUUAGUAAAAUUUGUGAUGUUAAUAUGUUAACUGUUCAACAAACUAAGAGAAGCAUAACAAACCUUUGCUUGUGUUUCUUUGUGGAUUUAUCCAAGUUUACAAUGAUUGAAGGUUAAGAUUUCAAUAAGAAGAAAGCAUGUUUUAUGCUGAAUUAUUAUUUUUUUUUAAUUAUAGUGACCUACAUUUAUAUGAAGAAUUCUGUACAUGUUAAAAGUAAGGCUGACCAAAUGUAAAUUUAACUAGUGGGCCAAUUAAGAAAAUAUAUAUGCACUUUUUAAUGUGUAACUUUUGUAUGCUGAAUGGUACAUAUAUUUUUUUGCUUUUGAUGGAAUUAAUAAGGUAUAAUUGUGUAGUAACUUUGGAAAGCAUUUUUUAAGACAGAUGGAAGCAACUGGGAUGUUUGUGAUAAUAGAUAAGAUACUCUUCAUAUAGUUAAAUUGGUUUCAAUUUCAGAUAUUCAUUAUUGAAUUUAUUCCUGUUUUAUCACACUUCGGAGAAGGACCUGAACACUUAAUGUAUCCUGGACAGUAGUCUACUCUCCUUCUAAAAAUAAUGAACUGAUAUUAAUUGCAAACUAAAGGAGAGAACCCUUAGAAAUAUAUCAGGCCAUACUCAACCUUUUUUCCUCCCCUAUCUUUCUUCUUUCUGUCAGUUACUAUACUAACAUUGUGGAUGAUAAUGAAAUUCUGCAUAAUGUGAACAGGAUAAACUAUUUAUAAACUGCUUUUUAUGGGCCAGCUCUUUAAUUUACGUGAAUUUUAGCUUUAAACACAUACCCAUGUUCAAUGCUUGAAAGCUGUUCACAAUGGAGAUCUGUUCUGGUGCAUUAUCCUGGAGAAGUAGGAGCUAUCAGUGUCAAGUCACUGCAUCUGGUUUCCUGUAACACUGACAGUAUGCUUCUUAGGCGAAAUUUCUAUUUGACUACAAGAGGAAAAGUGUGUCACUGGAAAAAAAUGCAUAUACCUAUAUAUUUGCAUAUAACUUUAUUCUCCAGAUUAAAAUUUGUAUAAUUUUAGUUUUUGAAUUUAGGACAAAAGGAAAAAAAAAAUUAAACCUGAGGUUUUAAAAUAGAUUUUUUUGUUAUCUCUUUGUUAGGUAUUUACUGAAGCAAUUCUAACAUAUCAAGAGUGUUUCAUAUUUACAUUGAACAUCACUGUCAAAUAUGUGCUUGUUAUCCAUGACCAACAAGUUUAAAAAGAUGAUCUUUUCAGAUAUCUUCAUGUCUUUCUGUGUAGUUUCAUUGAGAAUUUGUUGUGUUAAAUUUGAAAUUAGAAAAAUCCCUUGGGAUAGAAGAAUCUUACAUGUUAAUGUACUCCAUCCUGUGAAACAGUACUAUAGCGAGCUAAAACAUACUUCCUUAACUUCACCAUAAGAUUGCAUUCAUUAAUUUAUAAUGUACAAUUUAAGAAAAACACAUACCUAUACACUAAGAUUUUAAUUUAAAUUUCUUGGAGUCUUAAAAGAAAACAAAAAUUCCUUCCUCAGGCUAUAGAAUUUUGUUGUUAUGUGGGAAAAAUACUGGUAUACCCAUUUAUAGCAAAUGCACACAGGCACAUUGUGAAUUAAUUCACUGCUUGAAUCUACAUUUCUAACCAUAGUGACUUCAAUAAUAACAUCAUAUAAUGAACAUUUCAACUUGCUCUUACUUGUUUUACAUGUUUAUUGCAAAUCUUAAGGAUUUUAUUAUAAAGAUUUUUUUUUAAAGUUUGGUAGCACAUUUUGUACCAAAAACGUCAAACACUGUGCUGUAAGAAUAUCCACGUUUUUAGAAAUGUCCACUUUUCAGAUAAUAUAAUGCCUACCUUUAUACUAACAGAAUCAUAUGGUAGUUGAUUUAUUUUUUUUUAUUUAUUAUGUAUAUUUUUGGUAUUGUGGAUUCUUGAGGCAGUGAUAAAAAAAAAACUGUUAAUGUAUUCUGACAUGAGUGUUCAAAUAGCCUUUUUUUAUUUUUAUUUUUAAAAUACAUUUGUUUUCAGUAGGCACAGAUUCUGGCCAGAGCAGUCUUGCCUUUUGAUUAUCAGCCUGCUCCUAUUUCCCUUUUGUCACCUAAAACAGAACAUUUCCUUAGAAAAGUGGUGACUGGUUUUAAAUGUUACAUAUUACAAAAAUAGCCAUUGGAAAACUGUCCUUUAGAUUCAGAUAUGGAAACACUAUAUUUGUGCCUUUUUUGUUUUUGAAUUUUAAUGUAUAUUGUUAUUUGGAGCACAAAUAUGAAGGUGCCAUAAUAUUAUGGCUUGCCAUUGUUACCUCCUUGAAUACUUGUGUGUCAUUGUCUUGAAAUAGUAAUUGAAGAACCUUGCAUGUAUUAUGUGGUCAUUUGGGCAUCUGUGUGUGCACUUACGUGCAUGUGUGUACGUGAGUAUACAUGUACUUGUUUUCACUUGGAUUUGUGUGUGGUGUAUUUUAAAAAGUAAAUUUCUGAAAAUAGGACUCAGUUAAAUGUUGAAUGUUCAGGCUAGUUGAAAUAUUUCAUUUAAAUGUGCUUUACUUGGGACAAUUGAUUGACAAGGAAAUUGUAAUUUUCAAAAAUGUGACAAAUUUACUGCAUGAUGAACUGUAAAAACAGUGCCUUUUUAGGACAUUAUUAGUUUUAAAAUUAAGUUUAAAAUAUUAACAGAGAUCUCUUAAAAAGUUGUCAUGAACAUUAUUGGCUUAUUUUUAAAUUAGACCUAAGUUAGAUUGCCAAAAGCGUAAUUACUAAUUUAUUUACCCAUUUAAGUUUUUUGCAUAAAUUUAGAACCUAAGCAGAAUUUUUAAUAAAAAUAUGGAUCAUAGAUGCUACCCACUGUUACUAAAAUAGAACACUAGGGACUUCAGUUAAGUUGUUGAAAUCCAACUCACAAGCUUGUCUCAUGGCCAAGUAUACUUCAAGUGGUGAAUUAUUUCAAGUUGGACUUUCAUGCUCUUUUGGUGGAUAAAAUUAAAAUAUUCAAUAUAUUCUUGCAAAAUAAGAUGGGUGGGUAGGUUUUAGUGUUCAUAUUAUAAAGACAGCACUUUCACACAAAUAAUAUUUUGCAAACCUCUUUUAUACAGGUUAUGAGCUCUAAGUGUUCAUGGAAUGAUGUAAAUUUUAGGUUCAGUUGAACAAAUAUUGAGUGCCUACCAUAUGCAAGACUUCCUCUUCACUAGGAAUUAAAUCACCACACUGUGUCUUCUGCUUACAGUAUGUGGACUUUAUGUUUGAAAAGGAAUUCUUAUAUAUAAAUUUUUCUGUUAGAAUUUAUCAUUGUAUAUUGUAACUCAAUUUUACAUUUAUUUUCUUUUUAGAACGAAGAUGUAACUUAAGCAAGUCCCACUUUUGAAAAUAAAAUUCUGCUAAAAUUAUUUAAAAAUUAGUUCUGGGGGAAACUGAUUUUCAAGUUUCAAAUGUAUAAAGAUAAUAUUGACAUUUUCAGCCUAAUUUUUAAUCAGCUCAUGUUAACGAUGAGAUACAUACUUUUGGUAUCUUGUUGCUGAAAAUAUUUUCUAGGUUUCAGCACGUUGCGUUAAAAUAAAGUUGUUACUACUUACGCAGAA